AUGAAGGGUCUGGGGACAGCCACGAUUCUCACUCUCUUCUUGUUCAUUGCAUCUUCGCUCUUCCUACAGUCCAGCAGCGUGCCGCAGGCUCAGUUUUGGAGGCGUAACUGGACACCUCAAGCAAUGCUGUAUCUGAAAGGCGCACCGGGGCGGUGGUUCAUAGCGGAAGAUGAAAAGGAAAACUAUCUCAUUGAAAACAUAGAUAUCGAAACCAGAAGCCGAACUGACAGACCAUUAACCUUAGCAGAAGCAACGGUCUUAUUCCUGGCUAAAAUUAGAGAGGCCGAACUCUCUGAAAAUCCACCGCACACAGAGGCAACCCAAUUUAACCAAAUGGCUUUCUUCAACAAACCCAGUGGUAAUUUCUCUGGCCUGCAGACUGUAAAGUAUGGGAUAGCUACACCUCUUAAAACAUCCCAAAACACAGUCAAAGAUGAUGGUCUAGCUCUGAAACCCAUUGCAAGAUUUAAUGUUGUGAACAAGUCUCUCUCAAAAGAGAGAAUUGAGCAAUUACGAUAA